AUGUCCGGAUUCUUGCCUGUCAUAGUGGUCUUGCUUGCCGCUAGCAUAUUUAAGAUGUUACCGGAGCAACAACAAGCACAGGUUAUGGAAAAAGCAGAAAUGUUCCGGCAGCGAGUGCACCGUUUUUUGCAACAUGAUGAGAUUGGCGUGAAACUAACCGAGUCUGCUGCAGCUGUCAAAGGCCUUACAGAUGCUAGUGAGUUAAAUCAACAAAUAUCACAAUAA